GUUUGGGAAGAGAACAAGCGUUAGACCCAAGAUGAAGGAAGGGAGGAUGAAUCACUACAGAACAUUUGCCCUCUGUUGCAUCCUCUUCCUCUUUCAAUCAGGAGGCGUUGAAGGUAUAAACAUCACCAGUUUUGGGAAUCUGAUCCGAGGCACAGUAGGUGGGGAAGCCCUGUUCUCUGUCCGGUACUCCAGCACCAGUCUGGAUCCACCAGUUAUCAAAUGGCAGCUCAAGAGGGAGAAACCAAUCACGGUGGUCCAGUCGAUUGGUACCGACAUCAUCGGAAACCUGCGGCCGGAAUACCAAGACCGUAUCCUGGUGUUUGAGAAUGGCACUCUCCUACUGCAUAACUUAAAGCUCUCUGAUGAGGGAACGUAUGAAGUGGAGAUCUCCAUCACUGAUGACACCUUCACAGGGGAAGACAGCAUCGAGCUCACCGUGGAUGAGCCAAUAUCCACACCCUAUGUGGAUGUAACCACCACCACUGUUCUGGAACUGACUCAACAUUUCACUCUGAACUGUUCUCACGACACCGGAACCAAGACCACGUACAGCUGGACGAAAGGUGGAAACCCACUGGUUAACCAUACUCGCCUGCUGCUGUCUCCUGACCAGAAGGUUCUGACUCUCACACGAGUGCUGCUGGUGGAUGAUGAUGUCUACACCUGUCUGGUAGAGAACCCAAUUGGCAGUGUGAAGAGCUUGCCCCUGAAACUCACCGUUUAUAAAAGAAGCUCCCUUUACAUCAUCCUUUCCACAGGAGGCAUCUUUGUCCUGAUCACUCUGGUAACAGUGUGUGCCUGCUGGAAACCAUCAAAAAGAAGGAAAAGACAGAAAGUGAAGACAAACACACCAAGAUCCAGCCCUGAAAGCCACCAUAUUAUACAUGAGGACAAACCAGAAGAUCAUGUUGUCCCGCUAAUGAUGGAUCAUGAACGCAGGAAUCCAGUCUCGCUUUACAUCCUGAAGAAGGACCCUCCAAGCGAAGAACCUGCUUCAGUGUGCAAAACAUGCACGAGCAACGGUGGCAGCCCCUCCAGCAAAAGGAGCUCCGCCCCCCCUCGUUCACACUCACCUGAACCUCCAGCACGUGCGUCUCACCGUUACCCACGCACGCCCACCAGCUCCCCUCCUGUGCGCCACGGCCGGAGGCGGGGCCAUAGCAGGAGCCCAUCUGCUCGCGCACCUUCCCCACCACGUACCCGCACCUCCUCCCCUCAAAACCGCUGGCCUGCGGAUUCACCUCUCACUGAACCAACGAAAAGCUUCAUCCAGCCUGUCAUGCUGCUCCGAGAGAUAGAAGAAGGACUUCCUGUCAACUAAGUUGUGUUCAGGGUGUGUUUCCGGGACUGAGACGAAUGUGUAAAUAUGUAAAUAUAUAUAUAAAUGUUUAAAAAAUUCCACAUGCCAGUGUCUUUAUUUUACGAAUCAUGAUCUUUAUUCGCCAAGGUUUAUGAGGAAUUUUUCUUGCU